AUGGAUGGUUGGAGUUUUCCUCCAGAGAAGGGGCUUAACAGCCGUUCGCUGCGGGGUCAUGGUAGAGUGCACUGGCGUUCCCAUGGCCUCGCCUUACAGCACCGAGGCGACAGACAGGUGGUUUUAGUGGGUAUACCGGACUUACGUGGGCUGCCGGUUGCGGUAGCUGUUAAGAAGAAGGGCAGUUCCCACAGCGUGCCGUCGCCAAGAAAACAAUCUUAUACCGAUGAUCCAACAUGCUCCACUGUACAAUCUGCCGUGUCAGCAGAAGACAUACCUGCAACAAAAGAACCUGGAUCCUCUGAAGCUAUCAAAACUAAACCUUUGAAUAAAAAUGUUAAGCUGAAUCAAGAAACGGUAUUACCCCAGACUGCUCAAUCAGAAGGUGGACUUGAAGAUAAGCGGCAAGAGUUUUUAAAAUUUCGAAAGCAAUUUAUUCAACAGCAGAAUGAGUACAUCGAUCGAUACACCCAAUUGCGUGACAUGGAGGCAAGGUCUGGCAUGCUCAAUUCGCGGCCCAUCGGAGAGGUGCGUGUGCUGUCCGUCACAGACUGGCCGGCCCAUGACCUGCUGCUCAUGACCGAGGCCUCGUCCACGCAGCCCCGAACUGAAAUUAAAGGAGUUCUUGGGCCGAAGAUACUCCAGCAGCUAACUGUUCAGCUUUGUGAGGUACGCGAUGAAGUCCUAGCCAUGGGUACCGAGCUGAUAAGGCGACGCCUGGAUAUAUUGAAAUUUGUACGCGCUAUACAACGCAACGAGAACAGGGUGUUUGUUUACGAAGGUCAAAAUAUAGUGUGGCAAACUAAGAACGCCGAGUUGGAUGAAGAAACUACAAAGUUACGAGAACUUGUUUUAACAACGGUUAAAAAUGUAGAAUAUAAACUAACUCAGAGCUUAGACGCUGCCAAAAUGCCUUGGAAGGAUAGAGACAAUCUGUUGAAAAAAAUAGAGUGUUUACAAAGAGAGCUUUCUAUACUCAAGAAAAGUAAACAAAAGGAGGAUACCAUCAGCGAUAACAAGAAAAUUUUAGAGGAUUUGCACCGAGAGCGAGCUUCUUGUGCCAGAAUGAAAGAGAUGCUGGCAGCAGCGGAGGACAGGGCCACGGCGGCGCGAGCGCGCUGUGCUGAGCUCGAGCGCCAACACAGUGCCAACGCCAACACAAGCCGCCCCAAGUGGGCGGGUGGCCCCAGACAAUUGUUUCUACAGCAUAGUAAUUGUUGUGGAGUAAGCCAUGACACUCAUAUAAAAAAAUCAGAGCCUCAAAAGAAUGAAGUAACUAUUGAAGUGUUAUCCAGGCAACGCGAUGCACUGCAGUUAAAAGUCAAAGAAUUUCAAGAACGUGCCACAGUAUUAAUGCAAGAGGCUGAGAAGCGAGAAUCUCAGCUAGCGUCUCUACUGUCGAAGCUAGAGGAUCAGGAACAAAGAAAGCAAUCAUCGGAAACACUGGCCCAGGAGACAGAAAUACGUUUAAAAGAUCUACAGGAGCAAUAUAAAUUGUUGCAAGAACGUUGCCGUGCUUUGGUUGAAGCACAGCACAUGAAAUGUCUGGAAUACUUGCCUCGGAAAGUUCCAUGUUCAUGUCAAGAUUUAGACAUUCUGUAUGACCUGCAAGCAACAAAGAACGCCCUAGGGCGCGUCAAUAAAGACCUGGAGGUCAGUCGUGCGGACAAGAAAGGCUUGAAUCGACUUGAAAACGAGAAGGAGGAGGAGUUGCAAACAGACGAACAAACAAUUGCAAACUUGCAGAACAAAAUUGAAGAACUUACAGAAAAUAAGAAAAUAAUGGAAGAAAGCCUGACAUGCUAUGAGAAUCAGAUCUCCGCUCUUCGGACGGAAGUCAGUCUGCUACGAAGUUUUAACGGUUACAAAUCCUGCGAUUACGAAACUCCCCAUGAAGAACUGGAAAGCCAAGUUUUCGAGCUGUGCUCGCAAGUGGAGCGGCUGAAGCGCGAGCGUGAGGCGCUGGCUUCGGAAGCGAUGGCGCGCACGCUGCUGCUGGAGCGGCACGAGCGCUGUGCGGAAAUGUUCGCACGCGUCACUCGCGCCAAACACGAGCUCGCCGCGCAACUCACGGAAACCGUUAAUUCUACGCCAUCCAUGCCACACCGAGUGGGUAGUAGCGAGUUGUCAAACCUGAUGUCAAAGACGUACCUGAGUAGCGCGAGCACCUGGUCCGCGCUGCGUGUCGAACGCGCCCGCGUGCUGCGGCUCGAGGGCGUCGUGCACGCGCAGGCGCAGCAACUAGAGCGCGAGAGCUACGUGCGCAUCAAGCAGGACCGCCGGCGCGCGCAGCUCGAGCGCGAGCUCCUACGAACGUGGGCUACCGGCUCACAAAGCCAAAACAAGUUCAAGGAAGCUGAUACGCUAACCACCGACUCCUUAUACGUAUGUAAGAAAGAGACCAUACCGAAUCUAGAAUUAGCGCAGUAACGCGUCUAUCGCAACAAGU